AAAAUCAAUUUCUGAAUAUUUCAAGAUUACGCUUAAAGGCCAAUGCAUAUGUGAGGAAGAUGUGAUGUUGUAUGAGAAGAACAUCAACGUCUUCAGUCUCUGUCAUGUCCCGCAGUACGCAUUCAUAGUCGUGUGCUACAUGUUGAGUGAAGGCCACAUGAAGUUACAACAGAAAAUCUCCUCUGUGAGCACUCCAAGUACGGUGACCGAGCUCUAUGUGCACAUAUUCCGCCAUUGUGUUGGUCAGCACAUGUUGAAGGAGGCAGAUUCUGAGACAGGAGAUGUUGAUGAGUAUAUUGAACAAAAUAAAGAGGAGAUAAUGAUAUUAGCCAAAAAAGCGUUUGAUGCCAUUUUUAGUAAAAGUGUAAACCUUAUUGAUCGUCAACUGAAAAGAAUGCCAUGUCAAUCCGUCAAUCGUUGUUUCUUAGGCUCCACCAGCAUUGAUGAGACGCUUACCUCCAAAGAAACCUACUUUGCCUUUCUCCAUAACACAAUGCAGGAGUUUUUUGCUGCUGUUUGGAUUUUAGAAAAUAAAAACAACAUCAGCGACAUAUUUCAGCUCAGCCUGACCGCAAGUGAAAGUCACCUGAAGUAUGUGAUUUAUUUCCUGUGUGGACUUCUUACCAUUAAAAAUUCCAAAUUAAUGUCAAGUUUAUUUCAGGAAAAUCCCCCAGACGUCCUCUCAGAGCCUUUAUUCAAUAAUAUAUUUGAUCUCAGUCAAUCAGCUGAAGAAGGCAUUGGAGAAGAAGAACGGAUUUUGUUUGCUUGCCAGUGUUUAUAUGAGGCCCAGUCACCUAAGGCGUGUGCUCAGGUUUUGGAGGCCAUCAAGUUUGAGUUCUGUCUGGAGGACGAGCACAUUGACCCGUACCAGAGCCGUGCAGUGACCUACGUAGUGAAUGAAGCAAUCAAGGAGACGUAUUCAGAUUUGGAAAUGCAGGACCUCCGACUCUUCAUCCUUGGCUACAAACUGCUGCUGGAGUGUACAGAAAGUUACAGAGCAUGGGGGGAGAAGAAAUCUAACUGCUGUCAAUGUGUACUGGAAAGUGAAGAUCAAAAAAACUUUUUGGAGAUGAUGGAAUUUGAGGUUUACGUGUCCUUACACUGGUAUAGCGAGACACUGAGGACACUGGGACGCUUGAUCAAACAGUCAGUAGAGAAGGUUGAUGUCAUAUUGGAUUCAGUAUUCAGUCGUGACUCGCAUGAAAGUUUCAUGUGUUUUGUUUCAGAAUGCCUGAAGAAGACGGCUUCUGUACGGUGAGUGACGUGAAGUAUUUUUGUGUUAUUC